GGAGAGCGUAGGUUUAUGGUGGAACUGUGUUUAGCCCAGUAUAAUAAGCUAGAAGGCAAAAGCGGCGUUCUAUACGACGCGGUGGCUCAAGCUGAUUCCUCUAUAAUAGGAGAAUGGAAAGAGAUCAAAAAAACUAUAGUAGGGGCUAUGCAUCUUGCUUUAGUUCGGCCCACAAAAAUUAUUCUCAUUGAUAAAGCUGGAAAGAAUCCUGAAGCAGUGUACCCUGAUGGACGUUAUGCAUACUCUGUAGAGUAUGAUUUAACUACAGGCAAUAGUCGUAUUCUUAGCUUAAAAACAAAUACUUUUUGUUCUGCUGG